AUGCAGGGGCUGAUUCUUCUUGCAGGUCCGAUCUUUCGCAAAAAACUGGUGUGUCACUAUGACAGCUUGUCAGAAGAUACGCCAGGGAAAACACAUCUCGGAAUUUCACAAAUCGACCCCCAUCUGUGUACUCAUCUGAUCUAUAGUUAUGUCGGUAUCGACGACACAGGGAGCCUCGACAUUAUCCCUACUGACAUACCAAAAUUCCAAGCUUUCAAUGCACUAAAGGAAAGCUAUCCACAGCUUCAAACCUUUCUGGAGGUCAAUCUGAUGCUGGACAUCCCUGCACUCCUGACCACGAUAACCACACCACAAGGGAGACGAAUUUUCAUUGACUCUACAGCCAAUAUCUUGCAAACAUAUCAGUUUGAUGGGCUAAACAUCUUCUGGAUGAAUAGAAAGAACUACCAGGCAGUUAACCCGCACCUGUUCUCAGAGCUCAUUGAGGAACUAUCCGCCACGGGUAUACACCUCACUGCGAGUGUCUCUGCUGAGGAAUCAGUCAUAGAUGACAGUUAUGAGUUCCAAGCGAUUGCCGAUAAAGUAGACUUCUUCAAUGUGGUGACGGCAGGCAUUGACAUCAACUUUGUGUCUGAUCCCAGCGACACAUUGUUUCAGAAAACGAAAUCUGCAAUGGAAUACUUGGUCAGCAAGGGAGCACCAAAGAGGAAGCUUAUUGUGGGAAUUGCGGCAUUUGGCCGAGCCUUUGCCCUGACACCUAAGCCCGAUGGUUCUGGUUUAGGACCAGAUAAAACUGCACCGCUGCUAGGCUACUUUAGUGAUACACCAGGUCGCUGGGCCUAUUCUGAGUUGUGUCAUCACACAUCUGCGACUAAAGACAAGAUUGCCAAUGCCUGGGUGGGCUAUGAAAGCAUGGCAACCAUAGCUGAAAAGGCAAAGUAUAUCCGGGAGCAGGACUUUGAAGGAGCCUUUGUCAUGUCAAUCAACCUGGAUGACUUCAGUGGGAAGCACUGCCAUCAGGGCAAUUAUCCCGUCAUCCAAAAGCUGCAUGAGAAGUUGAACGCCUGA